AGCCCUUAAAAUGAACGAAAUCAUAAAUACAAAAAAUUUGUCACCUAUCCAGGAGCCGUCUACAAGUAUGCAGAAAGAUAAAUUUGUAGAGUUUCCUGAUGAGGUAUGUUUCUUUGGCAGUGACUAUUCAGAUGUAGACCCAACUUACGUGCCAGAUUCGGCUGAUAGCAGCUCAAGCAAAGAAAUAAAUAAAGCCGGUGCUCGUCAUAAUAUUAUCAUUCCGGAAAGUCCAAAUAUAGGAAAUAAGCGUCUAAAUCAUAAUAAUUUACCUAAUGAAGUAAUUACGGCAGUUCUUGAAAAUCUAUUAGACCGAGUUUGGGCCUCUGUUAAGCCACUAAGACGACGUAAGCAAGCCCAACGUCAAGAAUGGAAGCGAAACAUUGCAAAAAGAAGAAAAUCGGCAGGACUACCUUAUAAGACAAACGGUAUUACACGACCCGCAAAGAUUCCAAAAACUGUCAAUUGUGAUAAGUGUGUUUUUAAAUGCACAGAGAAAUUUACUUUCGAGGAUCAAAAUAAUCUUUGCAGACAUUAUUACAGCUUAGAUUAUAUAGCCAGAAAGAACUUCAUUAUUUCUUGCGUUCAAGUACAAGCUGUAAAGACACGAAGGUUACAAAGGAUGUCUAAUAAGAAGGAGCGCUCAUUCAGUAAAAAAUGCUUUUUCCAAAAAGACAGUGACAAAAUUCAAGUGUGUCAAAAAUUUUUCAUGGCUACCUUAUGCAUAUGCGUGGAUGUCAUCUCUGAUGCUCUCAAUAAAAUGGAUUCACUAGGAAUUUAUACAGGUGAUGAUCAACGUGGUAAGAAAGUACCUCCAAAUAAAAUAAAAGAAGAUGAAAUUGAAUUUGUAAAGCAACACAUAGAGUCAUUUCCUGUUGUAGAGUCCCAUUAUUGUCGUAAAGACAGUAAAAAAAAAUAUCUGUCUCAAGACGUAAAAUCUAUCCUCAAUAUGUACCGAUUGUAUAAAGAAUUAUGCAGAGAGACAGGCAAAAAUCCAGUUUCAGAAGCUAAAUACCGUGAAAUUUUUAAUAAAGAGUACAAUUUGAGUUUUUUCAAACCGAAAAAAGAUCUUUGCUUGCUAUGUACAAACUAUGCAAAAGCGGAAUCUAAAGAAGAACUAGAAUAUGAGUAUCAAGAGCAUUUACAGCGUAAAACAGUCUGUCAAGCGGAAAAAGACGCUGACAAAGUUCGUUCUAACAACGAUGACGCGUUCAUGUCUGUGACUAUGGAUUUGCAAGCAGUUUUACAAAUACCUAGUGGAGGAGAAAGCAUACUGUACUAUAUGCGAAAAUUUGUGGUUUAUAAUUUUACCAUUUAUGAAGCGCGCCUUCCAAAUAACGCUUACUGCCUCUGUUGGAGCGAAAUAAACGGAAAGAAAGGCAGUAGUGAGAUAGGGACUGGCCUUUUGUACUAUUUACAAAAUGAAAUUCCGAAAACCGUGACGGAAGUCAGUCUUUUCUCCGACACAUGUAGCGGGCAGAACCGCAACCAAUAUAUUUCAGCUCUCUUGCUCUGGGCAGUUCAAAAAAUUGAUCAACUGCAAAUUAUAGAGCAAAAGUUUCUUGAGAGUGGUCAUACGCAUAUGGAGGUGGACUCAAUGCAUGCUGCUAUAGAAAAUGCAGCAAAAAAAAACUUCAAUAAACAGCGUUCAUGA